ACUGGAUUAAAGCGAAACAUCGUCAGUAAAACAUCCUUUUCCACACAAUAAUGGAAUCCGCUCUGUCUGCGUUCCGGGAAAGCACUGCGCCUGCGCACAACCCCGAGGAGAAACUUCUGGCAGAUUUCCAGCGCGACUCGCAUCCCGACAAGGUCUGCCUCGUGCGCAGGGAAUGUCUGGGUGAGGACGGCCAGCCCGUAGUGGUUCCUCUCAUCCGCAAAAUUAAACAGCAAAUUGCCACUGACCCCACCCUUAUCCCUGAGUACCAACCUCCCUUUGGCAUCGCAGAGUUCAACAGCAGGGCAACACAGCUGGCCUUAGGCCGGGACAGCCGUGCCAUUUUGGAAAAUAGGGUUUUAGGCGUGCAGGCGGUGGGGAGCUCUGGAGCAGUGCGUCUGGGAGCAGAGUUACUAAAGCGCUGCUACUGUGACAGCACAUCCUGGACUGGCCAUGUUCUCCUGUCUUCUGUAUGUGACGAGACAUUACCUGGUAUCUUCGAGGCAGGAGGCAUCGUGGCGGUGAGGCGAUACCGCUACUGGGACGGCAAGAAGAACGAAGUGUGUGUGGAGGAAAUGGUAGAGGACCUACAGGACGCUCCGGAACGAAGCGUGGUGGUCCUGUCCGCCUCAGGACACCGUCCCACCGGAGCCGAUCUCUCACAGGACGAAUGGAAACGUGUGACUGAAAUCCUGCUGAAACGCCGGCUUCUUCCAUUCUUUUUGCUGCCGGCUCAGGGUUUGUGCAGCAGGGACCUUAAUCAGGACUCCUGGCCACUGAGAUACUGUGUAUCUAUGGGAAUGGAACUAAUGUGUGCUCAGUCAUUCUCGCACAACUUCAGCCUUUAUGGAGAGAGAGUGGCUCAGCUUCUGUGUGUUCUGAAGGAGAACACCACACUGGUGGCUGUCCAAUCCCAGGCAGAGAAGAUCGUCCAAACACUCUGGUCCCGCCCACCAGUGGAAGGGGCCAGAGUGGUGACAACUGUGCUCAGCAAUCCUGCCCAUAUGGUGGAAUGGCAGGAAGGACUAAAAGGCACAGUGGAGAGAUGCAUGCUGAUGAAGGAACGUCUCCGGGAGAAGUUGCGGCUGUUAGGAAGCCCAGGCACAUGGGAGCACUUGAUUAAGUCGAGAGGACUCUACUGUUGUAUUGGGCUCUCUGUUCAGCAGGUGGGGUUUUUGCUCAAGCAGAGGCACGUGUAUCUGCUCCCGGGUGGCUGCGUCAACGUGAGUGCCAUCAACAGCGGUAACCUUGACUACGUAGCAGAAUCUCUUCAUCUGACUUUAACCACUCCACUCUGACCUUGACUGACGUCACACAGCAUUUAAAACUAUGUCUUAAAU